AUGUCUGAAAAGAGUUCAUCGUCCGGGUCAGAUGAGGAUGUGGACCCCGAGCCUGGACCACAUAUGGAGCUGGGUGGUGUUUUGAGCAAAUGGACAAAUUACAUACAUGGAUGGCAGGACCGAUGGGUUGCGUUGAAAAACAACACUUUGAGCUACUACAAAUCAGAAGAUGAGCGGGAGUACGGAUGCAGGGGAUCUUUGUGCCUGAGCAAAGCUGUUAUCACACCUCAUGAGUUUGACGAGUGCCGUUUUGACAUCAGUGUCAAUGACAGUGUGUGGUACCUCCGAGCAGAGGACCCUGAGCACAGACUGCAGUGGAUCGAGUCCAUAGAGCUGCACAAGGCAGAGUCUGGUUAUGGCUCUGAAAGCAGUCUGAGACGUCAUGGUUCGAUGUUGUCACUUACAUCUGCAGCAAGUGCCUUAUCUGCCACCUCCUCAUCCUCUUUUAAGAAGGGUCACAGGUUGCGUGAGAAACUGGCAGAAAUGGAAACGUUCCGGGAUAUUCUCUGUCGUCAAGUGGACACGCUGCAGAAGUAUUUCGAUUCCUGUGCCGAUGACGUCUCUAAAGAUGAAUUUCAAAGAGAUGCAGUUGAAGAGGAUGAGGAUGAAGAGGACUUCCCCGCCGCAUCAAGAACCGAUGCUGAAUGUAACCAUAACAACAAUGGCAGCAAAGAGAAAUUGUUUCCUCCGGCCUGUCCCAAAGAUAUGAAUGGUAUUGAUUUUAAAGGCGAAGCCAUUACCUUCAAAGCCACCACGGCAGGCAUCUUGUCCACCUUAUCCCAUUGUAUAGAGCUCAUGGUGAAACGGGAGGACAGCUGGCAGAAGAGACUAGAUAAGCCGUCUGCAAACUCUGUAAAAUGGAGGAAAGAGUCUCUCAAAUGCCAGGCUCAGAACUGGAUACCUCUUCAGACCUGCAGCCGCUUCUUUAAAGAGCUGGAGAAAAGGAGGCGACUAGAAGAUGCCUACAAGUGCAUGAUGAACGAGAUGAAGAAGAAGUCUCAUUACGGAGGACCAGACUAUGAGGAGGGGCCCAACAGCCUUAUUAAUGAGGACGAGUUCUUUGAUGCAGUGGAGGCGGAGUUGGACAGACAAGACAAGAUAGAUGAGAAAAGCCACUCUGAGAAAGUCAGACGAAUUACUCCGGCUCCCGCUGCUGACCCAUAUUCCACGAUCGGCACACAUCGGUUAUCUGCCAAGCCUCAUAGCUUUUCCUCCUCCCUGUCCUCCGUUGAGUUAUUCAGUGCCUCAGAUGACAUUCACAGAUUCAGCGCACAGGUGGAGGAGAUGGUGCAGAAUCACAUGACUUACUCGCUUCAGGACAUGGGUGGUGAUGCCAACUGGCAGCUGGUCAUAGAGGAGGGAGAGAUGAAGGUUUACAGAAGAGAGGUGGAGGAAAAUGGCAUUGUUUUGGAUCCUCUGAAAGCAACCCACUCUGUGAAAGGUGUCACUGGACAUGAAGUUUGUCACUACUUCUGGGACACUGCUGUUCGAAUGGACUGGGAAACCACCAUAGAAAAUUUUAACGUCGUGGAAACGCUAUCAGAUAAUGCAAUCAUUGUGUAUCAGACGCAUAAGAGGGUAUGGCCUGCCUCUCAGCGAGACGUGCUUUACCUGUCAGCAAUCAGAAAAAUCCUGGCGACAAAUGAGAAUGAUCCAGACACGUGGCUUGUUUGUAACUUCUCUGUGGAUCACGAUAAUGCCCUUCCAACCAACCGCUGUGUUCGUGCCAAAAUCAAUGUUGCCAUGAUCUGUCAAACACUUGUCAGUCCACCAGAGGGAGACAAAGAAAUCAGCAGAGACAACAUUCUCUGUAAAAUCACCUAUGUUGCCAACGUGAACCCUGGUGGCUGGGCUCCAGCCUCAAAAAAACUGCUGGGAAUCCCAUCCUAUUCUAAAGACAAGACUUUGAAAAGGCGUCAUCACCAGAGUCUCGAUAUCUGCUUCUAG